AUGGCUGGAGCGAACGCCAACGAGAUCGAUAUUCAACAACUUCUCAGCGACUAUAAUGCACUGAUGGGAAACCAGGGAGACUAUGGGCAACAGGAGGGGCAGGGGCAACAGGAGGUGCAGGGGCAGCAGGAGGACCACGGGCAGCAAGUGGAUCAGGCGCAGCCCACGACGUCUGAAAUGGGACAAGGACAGUAUGAGGCGCAGCGUGGAUUUGCGAUCACCGCAACCGCGAUGGCCUUCUGGGACUACGCAAAUGCGAUCCUACUUGAACGCGGGCAAAACCAUCCGUAUGCGCAGCCGCCCCAACUCCCCGUCCAAAUGCCGCGGCGGGAGAAAUGCAUCCUCACCCUUAUGGUCGAGGAAAAACGUGAUGUGUUGAGGGAUCUGUGGGACCAGUUAGAUGAGAUCGAGCGGAUCCUGGGAUUGGAGGAUGUUUGA